AUGCCGUUGGAUGUUAUCGGGCUGAUCUUUGCAAUUCUAGACCCACGAGACCUGUUGAGUCUGGCACGCACCAGCAAGGGCUUACGCGCCAUACUAAUGACAAAGUCCAAUAAGUGGUAUUGGGUGUACGCCUUAACGCAUGUGGAAGGUCUACCACAGUGCCCGCCAUUCCUGAACGAGCCGUCAUAUGCGAGCCUUGUGUUCUCCAAAUACUGCCAUAACUGCUUGAAGCGGGCUCCGCUGGUUGAUAGGGUGUUUAUCAUAUUCUCUGCGCGCUACUGUAAGGAGUGCGAGAACGAGCGACUUGUCACCCAAGAGCAUGAACAAUUUCAGCUUCUCCUUGGCGAAAUUGAGGAUGUCGUGAGCGAGAGACCCAAAUUUACCUCAUACGGCUAUCCAGCUCGAUACCACCUGCCUGAGCUCGUUGCGUUUAGCAAGUCGUGGAAUGCCAGAGCAGGCAAUGCCGAAGCCCAGACACAGCUCGUCCGUGAUUUCGCGGCUUCGGUAAAGAGUAGAAACCAGUUUGCCAAGCUGUUCCGUGUGUGGGCUCUCCGUAAGAAGCAGGCCCGCAACAAGGAAUUGCGCGACGAAAGAGAAGCCAAGAAAAAUGCAAUUAUCGAGCGCCUCCGAACCUUAGGCUGGGGAGACGAGCUUGACCAGAUGGACUCUUCGUCACGGGACCGGUCGCUGGGAAGAGAGCCAUUGUUCAAGAAACGGGGGCCUCUGACGGAUCGCGUGGUUUGGGCCAACGUGCAGGACGAGGCGGUCGCCUGGAUAGAGUUGCAGAGAGACAAGCGCCUCAGACGCCUACGAGACAAGGUGAUGGACCCCCGAUUCAGACUUUGCGAGAGAUUCCUCCAAAUAUGGGCGGCGGACUAUUGGCCCAUCGAUGAAUACGAUGACCUCCCCAUUCCAUCGACGGCGCUCCAGUUUAGGGAUUACCUUCUCAUGCCUGAAAUUCGAUCGGUUCUUGACGUGCCGGACAAUGUCGCGGGAACAUGGGAAGUCCUCAGGGAGAAGUUGGGACCUCUCCUUCCCGGACUUGUGCGCGAGUGGAUUGAAAGCUGCAAGGAAGAGUUGCGCGCGAAGCUCGAAGUCGUCUUUAGUUCGUUCCAAGAGGGCGUGGAUCCGAUGCGCCUAGUCACGACUGCACAGCUUGCAGCGCGCGGCCACGCGAAGCCGAUGAGCGUAAUCCUUUGGCAUGGGAGGCUAUCGCUGUGGGAGGCUAUCGCGGACCCUCCCUCUCCGGACUGGAAGGCACGGGUUCAGUGGGACACCGAACGUAUCAUGGUCAACCCGGGAAUUUCUCCGCUGAAGGCCCGCGCAUUGAUCGAGGCCUGCUAG